AUGGCUUUGACUCGUUCCUCUGCUUCGAAAAACAGUGAAAACAAAAACAAGAAAAUCAGAAGCAGUUGGACGGAGAAAACAGAGGCGAAGAGCAAGAAGAAGAAGAGCCAGAAUUCCACUCGGAGCUCGACUCAGACUGAGUCAGAUCAUCCCAAACAACUCAGUCGUUCUUGUUCUUCUUCUUCUUCUCCACCGAUUAAGCGCACCAAGAACCCUGGUGUUCGACUUAUAGGAGGUACAAUCUAUGAUUCUGAGAAUGGCAAGACCUGUCACCAGUGGAGGAGGGUUAAGAGUGAGAAUGUUGGUGCAGUGUCGGCAAAAAGACCAUGGAUUUUGCUGCUUCAUGCAAGCACAAGCGUCAGAACGAGCAAUGUACCUUCCGUUUCUGUCACAAAUGCCUUUUAA